CGACUAUCGACUGAGUCGAUAGUUUCCAUCACUAGUUGCAGUCUACCAAUAUAUCCUCUCUAUGGUCAGGCUCUUGCUGUUUCGCUGAGCGAAGUGUAAAUAAACUGUUCGUUUACACUUUACGCUCGUUCGAAAGCAGUUUUGGAGAGAUGAUUGACGAUAUUUCCACGUGAUGUCAUCGACACGCGGAUAGCUCGCGGCGGGAUGGACGGCCCGGUGUCCCGGGCGCUGGGCGUGAACGGGCCGCUGCAGCAGUGCCUGCUGUUCCUGCUGAAGCUGGCCUGGAGCUCGCGGUUCCGCCUGCCCGUGCUCAUCACCGUCGGCUUCAUGAUCCUCGACAUCCGCAUGCAGCUGGAGAUCAACGUGGACAUAGCCGUGCGCCAGGAACACGUCCGGGACCACGAGGAAGACGAGGACAGCGACGACUCCGCCAGCGCGUCCGAGGAGGAGUCCACCGAGGUAGAGAACUACACGCCGUGACGUGCUCACGAAGUUUCAGGAGGGGAAAUAACUCCGCGUUGACAGCAUUCGUUCUAGCUACUCGUGCUUUACCCACGGUAUUGUUGAAAGUGAAAACACUCGUUAACACCUGAGCAAUAACUUUUAAUUAUCUUUAUUCUUUAUCUGCGAUGAACCCAGGCUACGUUUGUGGUAGAAUGCAACAGCACACGCUUAGCUCAGAAGUUAAGGUACUUCCACAAACAACGCAGCGCUUCGAAUCAUUCCAACAGAUUUAUUCCUCGUUUAACUUCUGUGGAAAUUUUCAGUAAUUGUUCCGUUAAAGAGUAAUAUCUACUAAGAAUUCAGUUGCGAGUAAAUGCAUAUAAGACUUAGUUCCACUCUUCUCUUGGAAAUGCGUACAUCGAAAUAACUGACAGUUAUCCUAUGCCAUUGAUGUAAUGUAUGCUUAUUUGCCACAAAAAGAUAAGUAGAAGUUAGUCAAUAUGCUGUGCGAGUGCUGUUUUCCCAUGUGGCAGCUGUCUGUGCAUUCAGCUUCCGUGCAUCUGUAGCCCAGUCUUGGAACAUUUAUCAAACUGCCAGUGAUAAAGAGACUGUGCUGUAUACUUAAUAUUGUUAUGUACUAAUGGAAGUAAGUUAAGGACACCAGGUUUUGUUCCGAGUUAUUCUUCACUUCAUUUUAAACGUCUCUCUUUCAAUUUUCCCACCCUCGUACUGUUUAAGUUAAUUAUUGGACAUUGCUGCUUUUUAUAACAAAAAGAUAAAAAUACCAGAAAACUUUCACACACUACACAUGUCCCUCAAUUUACCCUGAAAGUAUAAUUUCUUAAUUCCUAUUGGUUUGUGAAAAAUAAGUUUAGAGCUUACAUAAACAAUGAAUGUUGGUAGCGUCAAAUGCACAGGUAUUGUAAUGUAAGAUACAAAUAUUUAAUUUUUUCACAAACUAGUAGGAAUUAGGAAACUAGCUCUUCAGAGUAAAUUUAGGGACCUGCGAAGUGUGUGGAAUCCAUGUUUAUCUAUUGUUUUCUUUCCAUUCUAAAAAAGCCAUGAUGUCAGAGCAUUACCAUGUUUAUUAAUUUUUAAUUACAUCUCAAAAAUUCAGGUCAACUUUUUAUUAUUAUUUUGGCUAUAAAAAUCAUUAUUUACAAAAGUAUUAAAUUUUCUUAAGUCACCUGGAAAUAUAUAAUGCCUUAGAAAAUAAAAAUUAACAUUUUCUCUUGAUGUAUUAUUUGUAUUAAAAUACUCCUAGUUGCAUUAUACUGCAUGCUUAUGUUCACGUGGUGAAUGUUUUUGAACUGUCACAAAAACUAACAAAAAUCACCUACCUUUAGAACAUACAGUAAUCUAGGGAUGACAUCAAGAAAUGGCCAUGUGAAUUGGUGAACUCAAAACACAGCCUAAGGAAAGUUAGGGCGCGGUUACACGGGAGUCUGAACUACUUCAGGUGAACAUGUUCAGCUGUUGAGUGUGGUUACACACAGUCUGAACAUGUUUCGUUCGAGGCCAUUUCCCAUUUAACUUAAACAGGUUGGCAAAGUAGUUCAGAUCGACAUAUCUUCUACAUUAGCCUCUGAUUGGCUGUUUAGAAUAUAAAAAGUCUUUUGCAGAAAUUCAAGAUGGAAAGCGUUUCUGGCACAAGUUCGAGUAAUAUUUUACCGAAUGCAACAAAAAAAAUCAACAGAUAAUUAUAUAUAUAUUUUUUAGUUGAUCCUGACCUUAAUUUUCUUAAAACUGAGAUAGGUACUCUCACUCAAAAAAUAAUAAAAAAAUAAGUUUAAAAAUUUUACUGUGCAUGUUGUUUGAAUUCCCGAUUUGUAAAAAAAUAUUGAGCAAUAUGUAAACACAUUCCAUUUCUGCUGAUAAUGCUGUAUAAACAAGUGAGAAAAUCCCGCGUUUUCUGGAUACAAUUACAAAAUAGAGAUCAACAACACAGUAAUUCGUUAACAGUAGACAAUCGGCUUUAGAGCUAAACACACUUUUCAGCAACUACCGUGUAACCGUACACUUUCGCGUUUGUAAACGUGUUUACUUAAACAUGUUCACCUGAAGUAGUUCAGGGUCCCGUGUAACCGCACCCUUAGUUGCAAUAAAGACUGAAAGAAAAAAAAAUCCAAACAAAUUCUGAAAUUUUGGGUAACUUGAAUGAAAAUACAGAUGUGAGUUUAUGUAUGGUUUAAUUAUUUUCCAAAUAAGGGUAAUUUGACAUUCUACCGGGAAUUAAUUAAAUACAGUGUUUUUUUUUAUGAAGUAUAUCAUAAGAUUUGCUAAGCUUGUGAAAAAACUGCAUAAAACAAAAAUUAAAAAAAAAAAAAAGUGAGUCUCUCAAUCCUCGCCAGUGAUGUCUAAACAUCUCACCUGUGUAACGAGCAAAUUCAUGUGUUAAAUAAACUUAUAAUACAAAA